GUGGUUAUAAAAAGGAGGAAGAAAACUCAAGUGAAACUGACUCUGCUAGAACAGUGCCGUGCUUUCCCGCGGAAGGUUAGACCCUGAGAGAGAUGGCUCAGCACCACCUAUGGAUCUUGCUCCUUUGCCUGCAAACCUGGCCGGAAGCAGCUGGAAAAGACUCAGAAAUCUUCACAGUGAAUGGGAUUCUGGGAGAGUCAGUCACUUUCCCUGUAAAUAUCCAAGAACCACAGCAAGUUAAAAUCAUUGCUUGGACUUCUAAAACAUCUGUUGCUUAUGUAACACCAGGAGACUCAGAAAUGGCACCCAUAGUUACUGUGACCCACAGAAAUUAUUAUGAACGGAUACAUGCCUUAGGUCCGAAGUACAAUCUGGUCAUUAGUGAUCUGAGGAUGGAAGAUGCAGGAGACUACAAAGCAGACAUAAAUAUACAGGUUUAUCCCUACACCACCACCAAGCGCUACAACCUGCAAGUCUAUCGUAAGUCAUGGGAAGACGGAGGGCUUGUGUUUUAUUUUUACUUUGCAAAUUUGCUAUCUGAAACACAUCUACAUUUCUGAUAAUUGGGUCCCCUAAAUCUUUUUAUAUCUAUAAAUACUUAUAUAUUAAUACAUCAAUACUUACAAGAGGAUGCAGUCUUAUUUCAAACCUGGCUUUGCCAGCUUCUAGCUAUGUAAUCUUCCAUCUGUAGUUGGUCCCCGGGCCUUGGUUUUCUUUUUUAUAUAAUGCCAGUGAUUAUACUACUCAUUUCCCAGAGUUAUCAUGAGGAUCAAGUGAGAUAGUGUAUGUGAAGUGCUUAAAAAAACUUUUUAUUUUAAGUUAAUGAUAGAUGCAAAGAAGGUACAAAUAAAUGUACAGGGAGGUUCUGUGUACCCUUCACCCUGUGUUAACACCUUGCAUAACUAUACCACAAUAUCAAAAACAGGAAAUUGACAUUAGCACAAUCUAUAGAACUUAUUUGGGUUUCACCACUUCUGCAUGCAUUCAUUUAUGUGUGAGUAUGUGUGUAGCUCAAUACAAUUUAAUCACAUGGGUAGUUUUGUGUAACCACUACCAUAAUCAAGAUUAACCAUCACAAGAUUCCCUCAUGCUGUCCCUAUACAACCACACCUCCACCUUUCUCUUCCCCAAUCCCUGAAAAACACUAAUUUGUUCAUAUCUACAACUAUGUUAUUUCACACACGUUAUGUAGAUGGAAUCCUGAAGGAUGUAUCUUUUUGAGGUUGGGUAUUUUUCACACAGCAAUGUCACUGAGAUUCAUCCAAACUUGUGUAUAUUAACAGUUUGUACCUUUGUAUUGCCAGAUAGUAUUCCAUGGUAUGGGUGCACUAGGUUGUUUAACCAUUCACCUCUUGAGGAACAUUUUAGUUCUUUCCAGUUUGGGGAUAUUACAAAUAAAGCUUCUGUGAAUAUGUGUGUACACAUUUCUGCAUGAAAUAAGUUUUUAUUUAUCUGGG